CUGAUGACAAGAAUAACCGUCGAAACGCCUGACCGAAGAAGACAAACGGAGAGCUACUUUAUUCAUCACAGCAGACCAUGCAUUUGUUUUAGUGUAAAUUUGGGAUAAAUUGGGUUUGACGGAUUUGUAAAGGUAGUUUCUUCUGGUAGAUAUUUAGAUUUAUAACACAUGUGAAAAUGGCAGCAAAUCCGCCCGGACAAGGAUUUCAAAACAAAAACAGAGUUGCUAUUUUAGCUGAGCUGGAUAAAGAGAAAAGACGCCUGAUCCAGAGUCAAACUCUCAACAACCCAGGAGCCAGCAUUCCCCUCUCCAGACCAGCAGUGAAUAAAGAGUUCAGAGAUCAGGCCGAACAGCAGCACAUUGCAGCACAGCAGAAAGCAGCUUUACAGCAUGCUCAUGCACACUCAUCUGGCUUCUUCAUCACUCAAGAUUCUUCUUUCGGGAACCUCAUCCUGCCGGUGUUACCCAGACUCGACCCCCCUGAGUAAAUGAACAUCAGCUUUAAGGACAGUGUUAGGUUUUUGAGAAAACUUAGUACUCCAAUUGAUGGAUCACUCUCAUAUUUCAUGAAUUGUUUGGUUGUUGUUGUUUUUUUAAGAUUGGUUUAUUGUAGUAUUUUUACAUAAAAUGAUGAAAACGUAACCAUUAUGUGAUAUCAUUUUUUAUUUUGUCAUUACAUUACAGGGACUUAAAUUGUCCUAUAUAUUUACAGUUGAAGUCAGAAUUAUUAACCCCCUUUGAUUUUUGUUUAUUUCUUUUUUCUAUAUUUCCCAAAUGAUCUUUAACAGAGCAAGGAAAUUUUCACAGUAUGUCUGAUAAUAUAUUUUCUUCUGGAGAAAGUCUUAUUUGUUUUUCUUUUUUAGUUGUUGUUCUUUUUAACCAUUUUAAACCAUUUUAAGGACAAAAUUAUUUAAGCUAUAUAUAUAUUUUUGAUAGUCUACAGAGCAAACCAUCAUUAUACAAUAACUUAAUUGCCCUAACCUGCCUAGUUAACCUAAUUAACCUAGUUAAGCCUUUAAAUGUCACUUUAAGCUGUAUAGAAGUGUCUUGAAAAAUAUCUAGUAAGAUAUUAUUUACUGUCAUCAUGGCAAAGAUAAAAUAAAUCAGUUAUUAGAGAUAAGUUAUUUAAACUAUUAUGUUUACAAAUGUGUUGAAAAAAAUCUUCUCUCCGUUAAACAGAAAUUGGGGAAAAAAAACAUUCUGAUUGCAACUGUAUAUAUUUUUAGGUCAAUUUACAUCCUUGUUUAAGUCAGUUUAUGACCUCGUAAUGACUACAGUCAUUUAGAAAAGAUCAAGUCAUUUCCUCAAUUCCAAAAGCAAAAGUCAGAUAGAAUACCUAACUAAUUAAUAUGGAUUUAUUAGUAAACAAGUUAAACAUGUGUAGAACAAAUAAUGGGGCCAGUUCCAUAAACCGACCAUGUUUUAUACACAUCGGCUGUUUAUUUACUGGAGAACAUUUUGGGGGGGUCUGAAAAUGCAAAAAAGGUUUCAAGGACAUCAAGGUUUCAAAUAUCUCCAUAGUCUCCGCUUAUAAAACAUGGAAUUCAUAGUUGUUACUAUCACCACUUGCCUACAUCAGUCACUUACCUGUGUUCAUCACUUAGGUUGAGUGUAUACAUUUUCUCGCAUGACCUCAUGAGUUAGUAGAGUGUUCAUUGGAUCCGCACUACACAACAAGUGGUCAUCAGGGUGGUACUUGUUUUUAGGAAUUCGGACUUACUACUAGGCUCUAGGUUUUUCACAUGCUAUCUAUUAGAGACAUAUGUUUUUGGAUGCCUGGGUUGGUUUUGUUUACAACUGUGAUAACGAGUGCUAAACAAUGAACAUAAGGGGCCUGUCCACAUGAACACGGGUGUUUUCAAAACCAUCCUUUUUUCUACGCGGUUUCGCCCUGUCCACAUGGAAACGAAGGUGACUGAAACCCAAGUCUGGGUGAAGAUUUUCCCGAAACCGACAGUGUGGACUAUAAGUGGAGUUUUCACAUUAUGAAGUCAGCAUGCGCUUUGUUUUCUCUUUUCUGAUUGGCCAACAUGACGGAGUUCACAAAUUACGCAUGUUUGCGCGAACCUAUAGUGUAUUCUGCGUCGUUCACACCGCAGGACAGUAAUCCACCUUUGUUCUCGGAUUGGCUUGUUUGCAAUUUACUCACAAAAAACACUAUAAAAAAUACAUGUGGACAUGGCUUAAUACUGGUGAAUUAAUACUUUUCAUAGGAAUGUGUUGUUUACAGCAUAGACUCCAUGUAAAGCAAAUUUUGAUGACGUGUAUAAUGCAAGUACGUGACGACCAAUGCAACACUGAUGGACCACAGCAGGGGUUUCAAAAGUUUUCAGCCCUCAAUCCCCAAAAUAUCAAUGCCAGUGAUUCAUGACCCCCACUCGUUGAACGCCGCGCACACACACACACACAAAAAAUGCAACAGUCAUUUAUAACAAUCAUAUAAUUUUUUUAAAGUAAUUUAUUAAUUUGUUUAAUUUCAACAUUAUCCUCACCUAAUGAGAUGGUUGGGCAUGUUUGGAGCACAGCUUAAUUACAGACGCUAUUGCUGUGUCAUUAAUCAAGUGUAAUCACCCAAGGUGGGGAAAUCGAAAGGUGGGUUGUUUUUAACGUAACCAAUUGUUUAUAUUUUAUUAGUAAUUCUAAAAGUUUUAAUUAAAUGUUGUUGAUCACCACAACCCCCGCCCCCCUUGCCACCUACUGAUCUGGCAUGCAUAAUAAACAAUUUCAAUCA